AAGAUCUGACUUGAUGAGCACCCGCACCCUUCGGCCAUCUGUCACCCAUGCGCCCAAACACUUGGCCCUGGUUCCCAACCCCGAUGCCGAUGCCACCGAUGCCACCGAUGCGGCCGCGAGACGUUUGAAGAGGCUGGCCGCGGCCGGGGCCACCGCGAAGGCGCGCGGCGCGCCGGCGAAGCCGCCCUUUCCAUCUGCCGCGAAGCCGGGGCCAACGGUUGCAGCUGGAGAUCUGGGUGCCCAGCUGCCAUCCGAGGCGCCGCCGGAGCGUCCCACGUUGAAGUACGAACGACGCUGGGCCACCUGGCGGAAGGAGGCGGUGGGGGUGGUGGCAGUGAUCUGGGCAGAUAUGCGGAUUGAGAUGGACGACCUUAGGCUGGCCCCUCUGAUGAGGGAGAUGAAAGAACUGCUCUGUGAGCAACUGGGAGAGGAGGCCGUGGUGAGUAUCGUGGACGAACAUUUCCUCCAGCUGCACCGUCUCUUCGUGUGUCUUUUGGCCUCGGCGGAGGACUGUCAGCGGAUCUGGGAUAGCUGGCGGCCGCGGAAGCUGCUCAGUGGAGCGGCCACCGCCACCUGGAGGGAUACCAUUGAUGCGGGCUCCAGCCGCCUGGUGCCGCGCCUGAAGAGCUGUUGGAACCCCAUGAGGUUGGACAUGGACGGCAUGAGCUUGGAGAUUCCCAGUAAAUGGGCCACGAAAGAGGUGAACAAGGCAGCCAAGUGCAUGCCAGGCUCACAUUGGCACGAGUUUGCGCGGAUUUUCGGGGAGGUACUGGAAGUUGAUUUGGUCGCUUCUCACUCUGGGAUCACGCAGCUCGUCGUGCGAUUUGCGGACAGCAGUGGUGCAUAUGCAGCCUACAAAAAGCUGAGCGGAAGGUGCUUGUACAAGAGUCACAAGGAUCUCUCUCUGAUCCGCGUGGUCUACGGAUCCUACGCCAACCUCUUGGGCAAGGCGCUCCGGGGCGUCACGACGCCAUGGAGCUGCCAAGCCAAAGAUCUGACGGAGCCGGGUGGCCCGGGUGGCCCGGGGGCCCCGGGGGGCGAUGGUCCAGGGCCCGUCUUCGAGCUGUUUCCCUUGAGACCUGGGGAACGGGCCAAGUUGGGGGAGGUCUUAAGGAUUGUUCCCUGGGGGCCCUCCAUCAUCACCGUGGGCAAAAAUCGGAAAUGUGACUUGUACGUCACGGAUGAGAUGGCUGGAGUCUCCAAUUCUCAUGCGGAGUUGCAGUUGAUGCAGAGCCGGGCGGCUGGGAUUCGGCUCUUCAUUUCAGACAGCUCCAAAAAUGGCACCUGGGUCAACGAGCAUCGCCUGCCCAAGGGCGCCAUGCGCGAGUUAAAGGACGGCGACCAGCUGCGCCUGGCGGACGUCCCGCGCUUCGCGCUCCGGAAAUUUGAGUCCUUGCAGCAGUGCCAAAGAGCACCCAUUCCUGUGGAUGGUCCCGAGUUUAAGGUGCCGCCAUGUCCAUAUUUCAUCAAAAAGGUGAAAUCGACAUCCAAGCAAUCCAAGCAAUCCAAGCAAUCCAAGCAAUCCAAGCAAGCAUCUCAUCUAUCCAGCUUAAAAGAUUUGAAAGGGGCAUCAACAAAUGCCUGGGCUGAAGUUCCCCGGGUACCUGACGAUGAUGGUACUGAGCUGUGGGCUGAAGUACCCAGGUUACCCGAAGAGGACUUGCCCUCCUCUGCGAACGAUGAGCCAGAGCCUCCAGUGACGCGCAAGCGAGCGCGGAGGAGGCGAGGCAAAAUGGGCGUGUUGAUUGCAGCUGCAUUUGGGAAACCACCAGGCGCUGGGCAUCAUCUGUGGCUUAGUCACAUCCUGUGUCCAGCAUGUGCUGACUCCCAGGAGACGUUAUUGGAGCAAAUCAUCCCCUACAGCCACGUGCUGAUGACGGAUCCGGUUGCCAGAGUGAAAGCACGCUCGGUGGAUGUCUUGUGCUCCGCGCUGGCACAGGUGAAAGAACUGCCAUCCAGCCAUGCUCCUCUCUUCACAGAGUGCCACGGAAGGGACAAACAUGGGCGAUGUUGGUCGUACAUCUUCCCGCAACUCAUGUCGAUGAUGAGUGGCAUGAACAACGAACCUGUGGUCCGAGUGUUGCUGUCCGUGGCCCGUAACCUGGGGACCUUGGCCACGCACGCGCAGCGCUGUGGGCAGCAGUUGGCUGACGACACGGGUGUUUUGCCACGCGCUGAGUUAACCGCUGGGAUUUGCCAGCGAAACUACAUUACCGAUCGAGCUCCGGCGAGGUUUGAUGUGGGAACUCUGGAGGAAGCUUUGAAUAAGAUUGUCAAGGCGCUCUUGGAAUUCCUGCCAGCCCAUUCUACGGAGAAGAGCAACCAGGAAGAUCAGCUGAUCAGCCUCUCUGUGAGCCGCGAGGUCUUGGCGGAUUGCUUCGGCCGAGAAAAUACUCACAGCUUCCUGUUGCCUUACCUCAUUUCCUUCAUGAACGACCCAGCUUGGGAGGCCGGGUGCGUGCGGCCUUCUGCACUGAAGCUGCGCUUCUCCCGCGACGCGUGGGACAGUCUUCUGUUUUCUUCGAUCGGAGUUUUGUUGGAGACACUUGACCAGCGAGAGAGUUUCAGCCUCAUGGGGAUUCAUUGGCCGAAGCUGCUUCUAGUUUGUGACAAGAUUCCUCUAGCUGCUCUAGCUCCCGACUCACCAGCGAUGGCUCCUAUGAAAGCGAUGAAGGCCAAAGCUACCAUGAAGGCGAUGAAGAGUGCGAAAUUGAUGUCCAAGGGUGCCCUCGCCACGGAGUUGGCGGAUGCUGCCGGAUUGAAGAAGGGUGAACUCUCAAAGGUGUUGGACGCACUGGCUGAGAUUGGCAGCAGGGAGGUGAAGAAGAACGGCAAGUUUACGCUUCCAGGCCUUUGCAUGAUCAAGACCCGCAAGAAGAAGGCAACGAAAGGCGGCAAGAGGAUGAUGUUCGGCAAGGAAGUGAAGGUCAAGCCGCAGCCUGCAAAGACUGUGGUGAAGGCUUUUCCAGUGGCAGCUUUGAAGCAGCAAAUUUGAAGCGGCAGUCUACCACUGGUGGCACCUUGGGAACAAGGGCCAAUGCACCAGAUUUUGGAGACUGAGCAUUGUCAUUUGUACAUUCUGUGUCUAUUAAAAUUGGAGUGUUGGUUUCGAUGCGUUUAUUCACACUGAGCUUGCAAGUUGCCAGUGUGGACGGUUGGACUUUGAAUAUUCCGCGUCAUCAUGGCAUCAGAAAAAAA